UGUGUUACGUAAACAGUGGGCACAGUUCCGGGUUUUUCGGUUCUCUUCAGCCUUCAAGUCGAGCUUGCCUCUCCCUCCGGUAAACCGGCCACCUUCUGGUGUGUUCGCUCCCCUGGUUUCUUUUUUUUUUUUUUUUUUUUUUUUUCGUGGAGCAAUUCUUGUGCCAACGGUUUACCCCAAACGAACCAGCAGCCCUUCUGUCAGCAGUUUCCGGUGGGUGUUUGUGACUCUGGGAGCGGCGAACAGGAAGACAGACGCAGAGAGACGUCUGAGCCGAGAGAGAGAGAGGAAACCGCUGCGGCUUCUUCGUCGGCCUCAGAAUGACUGAGUUCUGGGUUUGUUUCAGCUGCUGCAUUGCAGAGCAGCCGCAACCAAAGCGGCGGCGGCGAAUCGACCGCUCCAUGAUCGGGGAGCCAACAAACUUUGUUCACACCACACAUGUAGGCUCAGGGGAUAUGGGCCUCGGACUGGGAUCGGUCGAUCUUGUUCAGGCCCAGAUGAAAUCGAAAGGAGGCUACACACACGGCGGCUCGGAGGGCUCUCAGUUGUAGCGAGCUCUUCAGACUAGUGAAAACUACUGUUGUUUUAAGGAAGAAUUAUCAAAACAAAGAAAAAGCAGUUCUGUCUGUAACGGACCCAGGACCAAAAGAUGAAACUACUGCUUUUCUAAGAUGUUGUACAUAUUUUUAUUUUCCAUUCUUUUUUUUCUUUUUUUUAUUAACGCACUGCUAUCCAUUUGUUGCCAUAUUGUUGCACUGUAAAGAGCAAAUGUUAAGGGUAGAUUAAGGUGUUUAGAGAGCUCAUAAUGUCAGUCAGACGUAUGCUUGUGUGUAUGCAUGAGGAAGAAAAAAAAACAUUGUCAGAAAUAUUUGCUGUUGUAGCCCACUGGAUGCCUGUAAUUUAUUAAUUUGAUUUGUAAACGGACCUCACGGUGGCUGGGCCACGCUGGAUAUGUGGGACAUUCAGUUUCCUUCUUUAUUGUCAGAGGUUUAUCAAAGGACGGGUUAAAAGUCAGCGACAUGGAAAUGUAGAGAUUUUCCCUCUGAGAAUCGCUCUCGCUUCUCCGAGUCGCUUUCAGGGUUGAAGGUUGCUGUAUUUUAUAAUAAACUUGAAAACGAGUGGAUACACUGGACCAUACACUUUACACCCACACCUGCUUAGGAACUUCUCCUUAUUUUCAGCCUUUUUUAUUAUUUUUUUUUUUUGUCCUUCAGAUUCAAACAUAGAAUUUUAAUAAACUAUAAACUUCCUAAUUUGCCUUUUUGAAGUCAUGUUUAUGUUUUGUGUUAGAAGCGCACUGCUGCAACAACCAAGCUUCUAGUGUUUUAUAGAAACAAAGUCAUAUUUUUUUAAAUGCAUUCUUUGUUUCAAGUUUUGUGCACCAACUGUAGGCAAAUAACUAAACUUGGACGAAACAGAUCACAAGUGCAGACUCCUCCUCUGGGGUGGGUUGGAUUUGUUGUCGUUGACAGACUUCAUGUAAGGUUAUUCAUCUGGUUAAUUGUAACUGAUUGUAUCUUUCACCAGCACACCAAUAAAUCUGUUAUCUGACAGGUAAAUGUUUUUUUUUUUUGUUGUUGUUGUUUUUUAAACUUGGACAGAGUUUUGUCCCCUGAAGGUCUUGGAACGUCUUAUGUAAACUCAGCUCCCAUGUCUUAAAGUUUCUCCGCGUUUGUCUCCAGUUGUUUUUAGUUUCUCAUUUAAGGUCUCACGUGUUGUUAUAAUACAUAAUAAAGUAUUGUUCUCUUUAAGCACACAUUAUUUCCCAAUGCUGUAGUUUUCCUUCUUCUCCAAAGGGUUUGCCUUUCCCACAAGCACACAAACUUUCCUCUGAAGGGGGAACGUAAACAAAUGCAGCUAUUGUCUGACUCUGCUGGCUGUUCAGUGAUCAGGGUGGAUUUAAUGUCUUUUCUCUGUAAGAUUUUUUUUAUUUUUGUUCCCGCUCGGAUGGAUCUUUGCUUUUGUUCUAACUUCCAUAUCAGGAAUUAUUGAUAAAUAUUAAUCAGAGAUUUAAGAAGAAAAAAAAAGAAGCAAUCAGUCUUUAAUUUCACAAUAAACAUUGUCACUGUUUGUGUACCUUAUGAUUGACUUUAUCCACAACAUGUAUUGAAUGUAUUAGGUGCAGCAUGCUAAAAGAUCAUGGUACAAAACAAGUCAAAUUUUCACAUUGGUACCAGCCCGUAGAAGAUGCAGUGUACUCGUAAAUCCAUUAUCAGCCUUAAUACUCCUGUUUUGGACUUUAAUUUCUUCUGACCGAUUUAAUGAAAUUAAGUCGAGUCGGGUUCCUUUUUUUGACACAUCAGUCUUUUUUCUUUUUUAUCGUCUUUGUUGUGAAUCUCUGUAAAACAGACUUUAAUGUGAUAGAUUUUUAUCCCCAAAGUCUAAAAGAUGUAGUAGUUAAACUGGCAUUGCAGUACAUUUGUGUGACCAGCAGGCUGUGCUAGUGGACUGCUUGAAUGUGACAAAAAAAAAAAAA